AUGGCCAACAUCAUCGAUUCUCAGUGUGUCUUGGUCGUUGGAUCCGCUGCAGAAAUAGGUCGUACUCUUGCCCUGCUAACCGUCAAUAUUGUCUGCAGUCGCUGCAAGGAAAGGCUCGAUGAACUGAGCGCAGCGUUCUCAAGUCUUCCAUCGAAGAUAUCGUCAACACUUACCCAGAUGUUCUUGUUCUCGAAUGGCAUUCAACGGGCCUUCGACUUCACUAAGCCAGAAGCCGUUUAUCCCGAAUCUCUCAAGUGUGAACUCGCCACCAACCACACCUCAAUUGUCAGGAUGAUCACCUUCCUCCCUCAUCUUAUCGAGCUUGGGUUUAUUCAGGGCUGUCCGUCGUUCCUGCCGCUGAAAUCACUGCUGUGCGACAAAAUCUACCAACUUGAGCAUCUCACUCGCUGGUCAGCUCAACGAGAAGAACGAUCACGUGGUUGAGAUUAUUCCUCCG